GGGGGGGGGUCUGUAAGGCGGUAGGCCGAGACUCCACCCCCUAUACAAAUCCUAGACUGAACGCAAUCAGGGACACGCCUGGGAGAGGCGGCGGGCCGACGAGCUUGAGUACUCCCUCUUCAGUCCGCGCAUUCUGUGACUUUUGAUGGAGAAUUUCUUGAGAAGCCCCUCUUCCCAAAGCUACGCAGUCCCUGCUGAGCUAGCCCCUACGCCGACCCCACAGGCUGGGACAGCUCGAGCUCCAGCCUCCUCCUCCUGAGCAAAUGCUGUGACCACUGAGGCCACGUGCGACGUGACCGGGCUGGCGAGCCGAAGGCCUGGACGGAGCCGGAGGUGGAGCUGGAGCAGGGACGCUCCUCCCCUUGCAGAGCUCGGGGACGCGCAGCCCGGCAGUUCCACCUCGCCCUCCGGCGUCCGACCGGGUUCGAGCGGCGGCGCCCUCCGCACGCCGGCGGCCGCCGAGACCGGAAGUAGCGUCAUCCGUUUGCGCCGACACGGUUCCUAGUCGGAGGCCUUGCGGAACGAGCAGGUGCUGCUAUGGCUUCCAGCGGCAUCGGUAUGAACGCUGGUGGCUCGUCAAAUGAAGCUCCUGAAAUUCCAGACAACGUGGGAGAUUGGCUUCGGGGCGUUUACCGCUUCGCCACCGAUAGGAAUGAUUUCCGGAGGAACUUGAUCCUCAAUUUGGGGCUUUUUGCUGCAGGAGUUUGGCUGGCCAGGAAUUUGAGUGACAUUGACUUAAUGGCACCUCAGCCAGGGGUGUAGUCAAAUAGUGCUUCUACAUUUCUAAUGCCACCUGCUGUCUGGUCAUCUGAUUGUAGACACAUGGAACCCGUGAUGUACUUGAACCUUCCAAACAGCCUCCAAUCUGUGACCAUCACAAGACUUACCCUGAUGGCGGCAGAAGUUUGCUUCAGAUGAGCACCUUCCUUUCCCUGCCUGAUUAACUUUUCUUCGUGAGUCUACUCAGAACUCCAUUCUCUGGUCAGCAGUCAGGCUUUAGCUAAAGUGUUGUCCUCUGUUUUGUAAAGUUCUGUACAUAAUUCUGAAGUUUCUGUAGGGGGUGUGAUCUCUACUCUUGUCUUGAGGCAUAACCUGAUGGAAUUUUAACAUUUGAAAUAAAGACUGCCCACAAAGACA